AUAUAUAUAUAUUGUGGGAACUCGCUUCAAAAUGGUAGAGCUCUUCAAAGCACACAGCAACUCGCUUCUUUUUAAGGGCCUUUUUGCCCAAUUUUAUUUAAAAGAAAAAAGUUCAACAAAAAUGCUUCCCACGCAGGGGUAUCCACCAUCAAGCAAAACCAACAAAGAUUCAGCCUCCUGGCUUGUACACAGUUCAAUGUCUGUCUCCUGCAGACUCUUCCCAAAAUUAUGGCUACUAGCACACAGCUAGUCUGGCUUCCACCUCUCCUAGGCAGUGACCUCCUGUCUUCCAAGUGGAGCCCUCCUGACUCCUAUCUGCCAGGUGGAGCCCAGAACCAUGGUUAG